ACGCGGACCGCAGUGUCCGAGACCGACCGGUAGCCUGCGCAGCACAGCGGCCGCGCGUCCCGUGCGACGGAGUAUUUCGCGUCUUCUUGCGUUUCCCUUCGCCGCCCAGCGAAUGGGUGUCGUGUCCGUGUACCACGAGGUGACCACCGCGAUGACUACCACCGCCGCCGCCGGCCCGUCGUCCACCGCGUCCACCGCGUCGCCCGCGGCCACCAAGUCGACCGCCGCGUCCAACGUGCUGAUGUGCCGCCAAUGGUGGAAAGUGUGCUGGAUGUACGGCGACCAGGAGAAGUACUACAGGCAGCUGUACGGGGCGGCGAAAAAGUCGCCGUCGUCGGCCGCGUUCCCCGGCCGCGGAACUGCUACCGUCAUGGAACUGCAGCGCACGUCCACCGUGUCGUUCGCGCCGCCCCGACCGGACGCGUCGCGCCGCGACGAUAGACAAGUGUGCCGGAACUGCAACUGUCCACGAGACGACCACAACACCAGCAGCAGCGGCGGCGGUGGCAGCGACCACAGGCAAAUCGCCGAGACAACGUCCCGUGGCAUCAGUAGUGCGACCGUUAUGUCGUCCACGGCGUCCGGCGUUAACCGGGGCACGCCGCCUCCACCGCUGCCGCCUUUGCCCACGGGACCACCCGGUUACGACCAAGCGCUCGGUGGUUACGAGAAGCUGUUGGCCGCCACCACGGCCGUACAGGGUACAGCCACGUCCACCGCGGCUGUGGCCACGGCUGCCGGUCGCAAAGACCCGUCGUCGGCUGCGGUUCACCAUCACGGCAGCCACCUGUCGCAUCACGGCCACCACGGCCAUCACCACCAUCACGCGAUGGUGACGGCCACGGUGGGUGGAGGCGAUGCGCAGCAGCGGCACUCUCACUCGGACGAUGAUUCCGGAUGCGCGCUGGAGGAAUACACGUGGGUGCCCGCCGGACUCAGACCCGAUCAGGUGCACUUAUUCUUCUCGGGAGUGCCUGAAGACAAAGUGCCAUAUCUGAACUCGGCAGGCGAGCGAUAUCGGGUGAGGCAGCUUCUACAGCAACUGCCUCCACACGACAACGAGGUGCGGUACUGCCGCGGUCUAUCGGACGAAGAGCGCAAGGAACUUAGGCUGUUCAGCGCUCAGAGAAAACGUGACGCCCUGGGACGCGGCGUGGCCAAGCAACUGAUCGCGGCCAUACCUUGUACAAACUGUCAAGAAAUCCUGCAGCCCGGCGACAUGGCGGUGACGGCGAGCCGAGUGGGAUCCGUGGCGGCGUGGCAUCCCGCGUGCUUCGUGUGCCGCGUGUGCAAAGAGAUACUCGUCGACCUCAUAUACUUCUACAAAGACGACCACAUCUACUGCGGUCGGCACCACGCGGAAACGCUGAAGCCCAGGUGCUCGGCCUGCGACGAGAUCAUCCUGGCCGACGAGUGCACGGAAGCGGAAGGUCGCGCGUGGCACAUGAAACACUUCGCGUGCCUGGAAUGCGACAAGCAGCUGGGUGGCCAACGAUACAUCAUGAGGGACGGCCGGCCGUACUGCCUGCAGUGUUUCGACGGGCUGUUCGCCGAGUACUGCGAUUCAUGCGGGGACCCGAUAAGCGUGGACCACGGACAAAUGAGCCACGAAGGACAACACUGGCACGCGACCGAACAGUGUUUUUGCUGUCACACGUGCAGAUCGUCGCUGCUGGGCAGGCCGUUCUUGCCGCGCCGAGGAGCCAUCUACUGCUCGAUCGCUUGCAGCAAAGGCGAACCGCCGACGGCCCCGUCCCCGGCGUUCGAUGGCCGCGCUACAACGGCCGCUGCUAUUGCCGAGUCGCAACAACCGGAAUCGGAAAUGACUUCGGCCGCGGCCAUUGGGACUUCCGCACCGGCCACCGCCAAUACGCCCACGCAGCAGCAGCAGCAGCAACCGGUCGUCACCGCGCCCGACUCGCCGGCCGGCUCUGGAAGACGGAACAACUCCAACGGAAUCGCAUCUCCUUCGCCAUCGCAACAGUCGGUGUCUCGAUCUCCGAAAAUGGGCCGCAGAGCUUUACAGGCCAACGGUUGUAGCACGUCGUCACCGUCGCCUACGCGCCUGCAUCGAGCCGCGGCCGACAACGUGCUCGCCCGUUCGAGUCCGAUGGUCACCCGUCCGUCCGACUUGGACGUGCGACAGCGUCGCCGGCGCAACGACAUCGUGCAAGUCGAGUCCAGGCGCGUGGUGACCGUGGUCAAAGACGACGGGGACGCGACCGGCUACGACGACCGCGACGAUCAAGACUACGACGAGCGCUACGAAGGCCGCCGCGUCGGCCACAGGUUUACGGCCACGUCCACGUCAUCGACGGCCGCGGCCGCGGCGGCGAUCGACCAAAUGGACGGCGGCAACGGGCGGUUAGACGACACGCUGUACGAACUGCAGCGGUUGCUGAGCAACGGGAAACUGCCUCAGAGGUUCCUGGAGAAGCUCGUGUCGGACGACGACAUCACCGACCGGCUGCUGAACGAGUUCGAGAAACUCACCACCGCGGCCGCAGCGGCCACCGCGUCACCCGCGCUGCAAGUCACGUCCGCCAAUCGUUCGCCGUCGAGCCGUCGGUCCGCGGUCGACCGUCGUCCCACGGUCGGUUCGCCCGCCGCUGGUGCCGUAAACGUGCAGCAUCACCAACAGCAGCACCGGGCUUCGUCGUCGUCGUCCACUCCGGAAAUGACGUCGGGUGGCCGACGGUCCGUGCGUUUCGACGGCACCGCCUCGUCGUCGGCAGACACACCAGCUUCCGGCGGUCGGACGACCACCAGACGCCGACGCCGGGACGGCCGGAACAACCGGAGUCGGAGCCGGAGCGGCAGCUCGCGGAACCGGCCGCCACCGCCGCCACCGCCUCCGCCGCAACCACCGCAACUCGGAGACGCGGCCCACAAUUUCGACUUGGACAACGACUCGGCCGCCGAGCACGGGUGCUGCUCCACGUGCUCGUCCAGUUCGGGCAGCGAGUUGGACGACCUGUCCGUGUACCAGUUGCCGGCGCGACGUCCGUACGGCCCCGGGGCUGGUGCCGCAGCCCGGAUCUCGUACGUGCCCAACGACGCCAUAGCGUACGCCAAACAGCAGGCCGGCCACCGUUCGCCCGGCAAGAGGACCGUCGGACAGCAGCCCGGGCACAUGCAGCGGCCACUGCAACCGCCGCCGUCCCAACAAGCGGUGGACGACAAGAACUGCGCCAUACAGUAAUGUUGAACCGCAAUAGUAACGUUCGCUCGCCCAUCCUUACGGUCCGUUGUGUUAAUAAUGAUCGCAAUUUAAUAAUUAUCAUCACGUUGUUUUAUCAUUGUAAUUAUGUCGUACCAGAUUGGUCGAACCGCGUUACCGUUGCAUGAGGGAUUUCGCCGCAAUCGUUUCGCUAAAAAUCUCCCAACCAUACUAUUUUUAACUUUAUUAUAAUAUACUCUCGUAUGAUGUCUUCCACAAUAGUGUCAUUAUAAUAUAUUGUAUACGUUUAUGUGUUAAUUUGUUUAAUAUUAAGUUUAUAUUGAUAGUAUUGUACUUGCCCGAUUAUUAUUUUAUUUAUUUUUUUUUUUUUUUUUACUCACGUUUUUUCGGAACAUGAGAUGUGUGUAAAUAAUGUAGUCAUUUAUGUUUUAAAAAUCAAUAAAUCAAUGUGUUUUUA